AUUGUUGUCGUCUCUCUGCGUGUGUAGUGAUUGGUCGUGAAGCGGCACAUGUCCCGCCCCUACAACUCCGGCCUGUUUAUUUUAAACCGACACCUGUUUCUAGCUGAUAGAUUUAGAGCUGAGUGUCCUUCCUCGGGCAUUGUAUAUGCUUUUAGAGUCGAUGAGUUGAGUUGUUGCUGCAAGUAGGCAGUGGGUGAAGUGGAAGGUAUUGAUUAAAUUCGCCGUGAUGGAUGAAGAAAGGAGAGAGAACGAAGGUGGGGAUGGAGUGAGGAGAGAGUUAGUGGAGGGGAAUUCCGAUUCAACUGCCGAUGAAUCUGAUGAAAGGAUAGAUGAGAAGAUCGAUGGCGAUGGGACUCGCAGGCGCGGAAGUGAUAAUUCCAUUGUCGAGGGUUCGCAAUUUUCUCAGCGCAAAGCCCAAGAGUCGGCACAGAGAGUGGUCGUCCGGAAUGAGAAUCCCUUCUUUUUCUGGCUCUGGUUCAUGGGAAUCAUGUCGACGAUCAUGCUAGUUUUCGUGGUGGGAACGAGUAUUUUGAACAGUAAUGUCAAGAUUGAGAUCCUGUCAAUGCCUACGGGAGUGCGGGAGCACUUCGAGGCUGGGAAACAAGUCAAAGUAGAAGUGGGUAGGGACCGUAGCCCAGUCAAGAUGUUUGUGCGAGCGUCUGUGGACCCGCAUGCUGGUGCUGAAACUGUACUUCUGCUUCACGGAUUGGGAUCAAGCUCCUUCCUUUAUCGGCAGCUCCUCCCUCUUCUUGCUGCAAAGCAGCUUGCCGCGGUAGCUGUAGACCUCCCAGGGGCUGGGCUAUCGGAGAAAUCCUAUGUCGCAAGCGAGGCGACAGAUAAUCUCUCCGAAGACGAUCACCGAAAGGGAUUCCUCCAAAUUCGAUUGGAGGCAUUGAAGGAGCUUCUGGUUGAAGGAUUUUUCCCCAAAAGUUCCGAUGAGAGCUCCGAGCAUGAAUUUCUUAGAAAGUUGAAGGGCUCUACAAAUCUCAAGGGAAAGAAGUUACUAGCGCUGGGUUCUGACGAACUUGGACAUGCAUUGGAUCAAAUCGUUGCGUCCUUAGAAGUCGCUCCUGUGCAUCUUGUAAUGCACGACACGGGAGUGGAAGUUGGGUUAGCUUGGGCUUCACAAAACCCGUCCAAAGUGGCGAGUCUAACCCUUGUUGAUUCCGUACCUCGUCUACCUUCUUUGCCGUUUUGGCUUUUCACGAUUCCGCUCGUUGGACCUGUCAUAGCCCAUUCUGACCUUGCAUUCAGGUGGGUGUUGAGGUCUUGCUGCUUACACUACGUGACUGCCGAAACCGCUAAAGAUUACAUAUACUUGCUGCGGAGCAGCAACGGCCUGCGAGCCUUAAUGAAAUCCUGGACUGCGUCGAACUCCAGUAUGGAUGUGGCAGAGUGGGCGGGGAACUCCAAUUUGGAAGACGUUCCGAAGCAGAUCCUCUGGGCUAGUGGAUGGUCGAAAGAGUGGCAGAAGGAGGGUGAGCAGCUUGCAAAGAAUCUUCCUGGUGCGGCGUUUCGUUCUCAUCAUGGCAGCCGAUGGCCUCAGGAGGAUGCAGCUCCCGAAAUAGCAGAAAUGAUCGCAGAGCUCGUCAAGAGUUUGCCUCCCAGCGCGGCGCAGCCCGAGAUGGGUGAACUGUUAGAGGAUGUGGCCCGAAAGAAUGGCAACCCAGCUCCUCACCAGAGCUAUUCUUCUCAAGGAGGACUUGGACAUAACCAUGGACAUCUUCAACACAGCCAUGAUCAUGACCUUGGCUACACGGAAAGCCUGGGGGGAUCUUAUGGAGCAAGUCACGGUGGGUGGGUGUUAUAAUAUGCUUUCCUUCAGAAAAAAAUGUACUGACAGUUUUGAGGAAUGUGAUGAGUGAGCAAAUUAGUGUUUUACUUCUUAAGCUUGAUGUUCAUCACGUUAAGGAGAGCGCCCAGGCCCGAACGACAUCAAAUUUUGCAUCAUUGAGAAAGCAUCGAAAAUGAUGGUUGCUAGUUUUCGAAUAUCAUAAGCACCUACUUUGGUCAUUUGACUCUCCAAUGGCCAAAUUCACCACGAUCUUAUAUCAUUGAUAGUCCAGAGACGCACAUCAUCAUAGGAAUAGCAACCCCGAGGUGCUGACAGGUCAGGAACUACUUAAAACCUUUGAACUUCAAUUUAUGUUCGGAUUUUUAUGGUUGUGAUAAA